AUGACAUCUGGUGUUGAUCCUUCAGCAUGUUCUUGUUAUCCUAGCUCGUAUCAUUAUGUACUGUGUAAUAAAAUAAAAUGGUCUACUUUAUCUAUUUGUACUGCAUUAUUAAUUAUUAUUGUUUAUCUCAGUAGUGGAUUAUAUACCUUAAUUGAUGUAACAACAAUGAUUUCGAUGCAAUCAUAUGAUGAUACAAAGUAUACAACUGUAUGGCUUCUAGUAUCUUCUUCAAUGAUGAUUUUUUUGGAUUCGAUAUCAAUAUUGAUCUAUUUUGCUAUUGUUAUUCUUAUUACCAUCCUUCUCUGUGGCAUUCAAUUAGGAAAGCCAUGGUUGCUACUAGUUUGGUCAUUUAUAAUGAUAUUCAUGUUACUUGCUGAUGGUAUUGUGACUUUACUUUCUCUUCGAGAACAUCAGCAACAGAAUUAUCGAUCCAUAACACAAAUUAAAAUUCUUUAUUUUGUUAUGAUUAUUCGUCUUAUUGUCUCGUUAUGUGCAAUAUUCGUGACUGUCUUUCAUUUUCGUCGCGUAAACAAAGCUCAAUCAGAACAAAUGGAUCGUCAAAGAAUGUUAGAUCGUUACAAUUCUGAAGCUUCUUCGCUUUCAUAUUAUGAUUCAUGGGCACAUUCCGCUACUUUUUUAAAUCCAUCGAAAGAUAGUAUUGAUGAUCAAUAUGCAUCAAAUAUUCCUCCGAGAAUUUCUUUACCAAGAGCUAAAUUUGACACUCUUCAACAUCAUUCAACUUCCACAAUGAUUCAUUCACAUAAUCAACACUCAACAAAUAUUACACAAUCUCAUCAACGUGCAAUCAAAAGAUAUGCUGAUGACUUUCGAUAUAAUAUACCAAUACAAGAAAGAUUUCAUCAGCAACAAUAG